AGAAGGAGAAGAGGAGGUCUGCUGUGAGAGGAGAGGAGAGGAGGAGAGGAGGAGGUCUACUGUGAGAGGAAAGGAGGAGAGAAGGAGAAGAGGAGGUCUGCUGUGAGAGGAGAGGAGGAGGUCUACUGUGAAAGGAGAGGAGGAGAAGAGGAGGUCUACUGUGAGCUGAACAUUACCCAGCAGCCACGUCUGCAUUCUCUCACUAAGCAAGUCGGGAUCAAGUCAGACACACAUCUACCCAGCAUGCAUUGCACCCGAUCGCCGGUGAUGGAUGUUGACCAGGACCGGCUCCCCAGUGAAGCUGCCCUCCCCUUGGCUGAUGGCCCAUGUGACAGGAUGAGCGGGAGGCAGAGCGAGCUGGAGGGUCGCCUUGAAGACACGCUGUCACGCAUCGCCACGGAGACGCAGGAGAUCAAAGAGCUAGAGCAACAGCUGACCGACGGUCAGAUCUUGUCUAAUGAGUGUCUCCAGAAGGAUCUUGAUGAAAUCAUCUUUGGCCUUCAGGAAUAUCUGAGAGGACUCAGAGAGCAGGCUCGGGGUUCUCUGCAGAAGGUUCUCAGGCUGCAGAAUGAGAACCAGAGUCUGCAGCUCCAUCUGGAGGUCAGUGAGGGUCACUGCAGGCAGCUGGAGGCCACGAGCAGGACACAAGCAAAGAGCAACGAGCACCAGCUGAGACGUCUCAACAGGAAACUACGACAGCUCAGCAGGUCCAUGUGUGACUCUGAUCAGCUGACUGUAGACCAGCUGACCUCAACCACCAAUCAGCUGAGAGCCCUGAACCACAUGGUGGAGCUGCUGCACACACACACUCACACACAUCAGAUCAACCGACAUGAAAGAAAACAUUCAGCUCCGCUGCAGUCUGGACACACGGUGGAGGAAACCCAGAGACCCAGACUGAAACUAGACCGGACCAGGACCAGGACCAGAGAUCCUGGACUUGAAGCUCCCAGUCUGGGCUUUCUGGGGACUCAGGACUCUGGUUUGGGUCUGCAGUACCUCGGUUCUCCUGAGAGGCGGCAACAGCAGGACAGACGACCCGCAGGAGAAGGGCCCUGGGUCUACGCACCCCCGACACACUCUGACACAGCAGCAUCCGCCGAGUGGAGGGACAGCGGAGGAGGCAGCGACAGGAGCUGCAGAGGACGCAUGCCUCCUCCUCCUCCUCCUCCUCCUCCUCCUGCAGCUGUCUCUCUUGGUCAGACUCCUCUGGUUGGACCGGCCUGGCUGAUCUGUAACAUCCCAGAACACACAGACACGGGAGGCAGGUGUGUUUCUGAGCGACUGGAGGAGAAGAAGAAACUACAGCUGGAAACCAAACAACUGAGACAACACAGUGUGAUCCAGGUGUGUAACGAGGUGGAGUGUGUGGAGAAAACUCUCCUGAAGAGACGAGCUGAACUCCGGGAGGCGGACCGACUGCUGCUGGAGACUCAGAGCUGCAUACACAAGGUGAGCUCUUCUCAGGAGAGCGCCGCCUGUCGGCUGGAGGCCACACAGCACAUCAGAGUGCUGCAGGAGGAGGUGGAGGUGCUGAGGAGGAGGAGACAGGAGGAGGAGCAGAGUCUAAGGGAGACGAAGGAGGAAGUGAGGAGCAGAGAGCAGGAGUUACUACAACUCGGCAACAAACUUCAGUCAGAGUCAGACAGAUUUUCUGUCGUGCUCUCAGACCUCCAGACGUCUCAGAAGCGUCUCAACAUUCAGGAGGAGCAGCAGGAGCAGAGGCUGCUUCAGUGGAGGGAGGAGCACCAGGCAGCUGUGAUGAGGGUGGAGGAGGUCAGAGAGGAGGAGCAACGGCUACAGAGGAGAGUGAAGGAGCUGCUGAGUCAGAGGAGAGAAGAAGAGAUCAGAGUCACCACACAUAGAGCAGAGCUGAAACACCUCCUCCAGGAGCUGCUGGUGGAGCAACAGGCGCUGGAGGGGGUGAAAAACAAACGCACCCAGAGGCUCCAGCAACUUCACAAGGUGAAGGAGCAGCUGGACAAGAGGGAGGAGGAGCUGGACAAGAGGAAGGAGGAAGUGGACAUAAUGAGGGACCGAGGGGAUGAGAAGAGGGAGCUAAAUGAGUCCCACAGAAAGACAGAACUGCAGGAGGUGGAGCAGGUGGUGGAGAAGGAGAUGGAGCAGGAGGAGCUGAGCAGGAGGAGGCAGGAGAGGAGCAUCCUGCAGGAGCAGUGUAAACACCUGGAGGCUAGAAGGAGGCACGCUGAGAGGAGUCUGUUGGCGGUGGAGGCGGAGCUCACUAAACAAAGGGAGGAGCUCAGCCAUGCCCAACUCCUCCAACAGGAAUUGGUCAGAGAUGUGACAGCCAAUCAGGAGCAGCUGAACGCUGCAGUGAGUGGGCUGGAGAACAGGGGGCAUUGUGAUCCAUCAGAGGAGGAGCCAACCUACAAGGAGGAGCCUCAGCCAGAAGAGGAGGGGCUAGUUGAGAUGAAGGAGGAGCUUCGAGUGAAAGAGGAUGAAAUAAAGAAGACUGACAAGGAGGAGGACAGCAGGGAGGAGUCAGAGGAGGAUGAAUCUUUCUACCUGUCUACCGAUGGUCUGAGAUCAGCCUUUACUUGUGAGGAGACGUGUGAGGUGGAGAUGCAGAGAGAAGAACUGAGACAACAAGAGGACCACCUGAGGGCUCGUCUUCGCUGCAGUUUGCGGAACCAGGAAGAAAAUCUGAAGGAGAGAAAACUGGAGACACAAGAGAGUCUUCAGGGACUCCGAGACCGAGUGGACACGCUGGACUCACUGUUCACACACACACACAAUGACACACACACACAAUGACACACACAGUCCAUUUAGCAGCUGUUCUGGAGCUUUCGAGGAGAUCACAUGAACUCCUCUUGGUGUGUGUACAGUGUGUGUGUGUCUGUGUGUAUAUUGGUGUGUGUCCACGAUUGAGCUGGAGACCGCGGUGCAUUCAAUAACGUGAAAAAACAUACUUUUACUGUGUAAAUGUUCCCGUUGGUUUUACUGGUGAACAAAACAAACACACCUGCCGAUUUUGAAAGAUCUUUCAAAAUCUGAUUUUGAAUUAAAAGGUAAAUAAUAAAUUGCUUUAUCUCUGA